AUGCAGCGAUUGUAUAUGGAAGCGUCCAUCUGUUGGACCUGCCCUUAUGGUUCCACAACUCUGGAGCCGGGAGCCGUGGCAGCAACGUCUUGCAGCUGCAUGCUCGGCUUCGUAAACAUGUCCAACAACCCAUCCCUUUGUGGUCCUUGUGGAACUGGCUACUUCUGCAAUGGAGGGACGCACCGGGAGCGUUGUGCUGAGUCCCAGACAACGCUGCUGGAUGUGGCCAGUGAUCGAACACAAUGUUUAUGCGUGUCGGGCACCUUUCUUUUCGGGGAGGCCUGUGCAAACUGUCCGCCUGGCCACUACAAGAGAAGCAUCGGAAACAUGCCCUGUGAGCCAUGCCCCGCCGGCACAUGGAGCAACGCGACCGGCGCCGACUCAGAUGCAACCUGUCAGGCCUGUCCUAGCGGCUCGACCACUGCGGCUGCUGGUUCAGAGCUGGAAGACUUCUGUGUUCGGCCGCAUGACGACCAACAAGCAAUACAGCUCAGUGGCUUUCAUCUUCAGAACGGGCAUCGAGUUGCCCUCACCUCGUCCGAAGAUUGUGACGGAUCCAAGUUUCCAGUUGGCAGCGUUGUGGGCAACGGCAUAUCCGGACUCGCAGAGGAAAGUGGGAGCUUGUACACCUGGGAUGGUGCGUCCGCCGGCUUCGCACCGGAGGGCGGUAUCUACCGCCUCUGCUGGUGCUCCAACAUGGUGGGCCUUGCCUGUGCCGGCCUGGAGACUUUUCAGGUUUCCGCGGGUUUCCUUCGGGUUGCCGGUCCCUUUGCUGCUCAUCUCUUCGAGUGCGUCCGCGGUCACGACUGCAUCGGCUUGCAGCCAUUCCAGGGCUUGCUUUUGUCCACCUCCGACUCCGUGGCCAUUAGAAGCACCUGCACAUCGCCGCCUUUGCAGCUGUCUGCCACAAACCUUUUGGGGACGGGCAUGCUGAUGAACGUCAGUGAAGCUGUCGAAACCUUCCAACUGGAUUUCGGUAUCUCCAGCCUGAAUGUCGACUAUCGCUUCUCUGUUGAUGCAGACGCCAGGGGCUACUCCUUGUGCUGGUGUGGAGGCCGCAGGGCCGGCUUCGGGAAUCUGAUCUCGUGGAGGAAGGCACGGAUUGUGGCGACCACAUUGUCCCAGCUGGGCGAAUCUUCGUGCUCGGACCACGGACUGGCCAGGAUACUCAAUGCUUUCAAGGCCAACGCUGUGACGUACAGCUGGGUGGACGGAGCCGGCUUUGCUUUUCAAGAUGCCUCUAGGUGUUGGUGCUCUGCAGACUUUCCGUGCAGCUUCCUGCCGCAAUUUCGCGCUGCGGCCGUGCAGCUGAAUUUAGUUUGCCCUCCGGGAACAUAUCAGACCCAGGGCAAGGGCGAGGCUCAGUGCCAGGAGUGCCCUCCGGGUUUCUAUUGUCCCGGCGGCCAAUCUGCCGAGCUCCGGCCCUGUGCACUGGGCAGCACCUCCAUCCCAGCCUCUUCGGCUGCCGAUGCAUGCCAGUGUCGAAGAGGCUUCUUCUGGGAUCCACGCCGAAGUGUUUGCCUUGCUUGUGCUGAAGGCCGGUUCAAAAGCAACGUUGGCGCCAACCAGUCCUGCGAAGGCCAGUGCCCGGCACUGACCACGUCCUUGCCCGGUGCUGUGGAUGUAACUGACUGCCAUUGUACAGAUGGCUUUGUGGACAUUGGCCCAUCGCCGGAGUUCAACUGCACCGCCCUAGCCUCCUUACCCUUUGCAGAUUCCUUGCCGUCUGCUCCAUUUAACCUCUUCGUCUUCAGCGGCUCCUUGCUGGCAGAUCCCGACAGCUCAGAAGACUUGCUCCCGCUCUUGAACACAUACCUGGGAGUAGACGUUUAUGGGAGGGCACUCCUGAGUCUAACCCUUGAUGCAGGCGGCAUCCAGUACAUCUUCACAAGCUCAGAGGAGGAGCUGGCACGAGAGGCGCAUGCCAAGCUGCAGGAGUCGCGGUUCCAUGCCUGGGCCUUCAACUCCUUGCCGGGGGAGCUGUCCUCCACCCAGGCGACAAAUAGGACUGCGGUGGAUGUGGUAGAGUUUCGGUGUCCCCCCGGCUUGGACCUGCCUGAUGUCAUGCUUCGAAGCCCAUCAGAUUGCAGAUGCGCACGUGGCCUGCGACCACAGUCCGAAGGCCUUGGCUGCGUGAAGUGCCCGCUGGGCACCUACAAAGACACAGUGGGUGAUUCCUCAUGUGCUAUCUGUCCAAGUGGGGAUGUCAGCCUCACCACGCUUCGAGAGGGUGCAACCUCAAUUGCUGCCUGUACAUGCCCGGCUGGCCUCGUCAGCAUCGCAGGAAGCUGCGAGCCAUGUGGCCAAGGCUUCUACUGCAUCGGCGGGGACAACCGACUGCCUUGCCAGGCGUCUACAACCACGUUGUCGGACACGGCCACAUCAGAGGCAGAGUGUGUUUGUGCUGCCGGCUUUCUGCCUACUGAGGGUGCUGACAACAUCUCUUGUGUUGCCUGCGGCCGUGGCACCUUCAAGCCUUUGGCGGGUAAUGGGGCUUGCUUGUCUUGCCCUGUUGGCACGUGGAGCAGCAGCAUGGGCGCUGACUCUGAAGCCACUUGUCAAUCCUGUCCCAGCGGUUCCACGACUGAGGAUCCCGGCUCCGGGCUGGAAGACUUCUGUGUGCGGCCACAUGGCGACCAGCAUGUAACCUGCACUUCGGGCCAAGUCUGCUCUGUGCAACUCACAGGCCUCCAGCUCCGCGAAGACCACCGCUUGGCCCUCACGACGUCCACAGACUGCACCGGUGCGAAGUUGCCUGUGCCUGGCAUCAGCAAUGAUGCCACCUCCAAGCCGGCCACAACUGGUACACCUGGGGUAACGUCCCUGCAGACCUCCUUCCGGAAGGUGGUUCUUACCGCCUCUGCUGGUGCUCCAACAUGGAAGGUCUUGCUUGCGCAGGCCUAG